AUGGGUGAUGAUAGGGUUGCUAAAUUCUGGGAACGUAGUCUGCUAGGACAACUUUUCCAGACUGAUUACAUCGAGGACCACCUUGCCAUUUUCGUGGCUGGUAUUAAUUGCAUUCCUCCUCACCUACCAAAGAGAAAGAAACGCAUGUACCAUUACUACGAUCCUGAUCUGUGGAACGGUGACGAAGACGACGAAGAUGACGAAGAUUUCGUCAACGAGGAACAUACUCAGACCGACUCAGAGGGGGACAGCUCAGAAGGGGACAGUUCCAAAGAGGAACUGGCCAAAAUCACGGAAGAAGGGCAAAAAAGGGGCAGGGAAAGCCAAGACCAGAAGGCGCAGUAA